ACGGCGCCAAGUUGUGGAGCGACGCUCGAGCCACCCCGAUUUUGGCUCAGGGCACCUGACCGGCCCAUUGACCCUUGUCUUCCAUCAGCACCACCACCACCAUCAUUGCCCGGCAUACGUUCCAUCGACAUGUCGCCCCUCCUCCUCACGACACUGCUGUUCAUUCUAUUGGUCUCGUCAGUGACCUCAACGCGAUGGCAGCAACACCAGCAGCCACUUGGCGAGCUUGCUGCCCAGCGUGUGGACCUGACUCUAGGCGUCAUGUCCCGCUGUCCUGAUGCCGUCUUCACUGAGACGGCGCUUGACAGCGUCAUUGAAAGGGUCAAUGACAAGGUGCGACUGCGCUUUGAGUACAUCGGAAACUUCACGGACAGUAGCCAGCAUGACGUGGGUGUGACCGAGGUCGGUGGCGUGGUAUGCAAGCAUGGCGAUCAGGAGUGCCACGGCAACAUCCAUCAACUGUGCGUGCAACACGCCCUUCGCCCCUCCCGAGCAGGCAAAGACUACGACCUCUCCCCUUCGGCCGCACAGCGCAAGGUUUGGGACUUUGUUCAAUGCCAGAACUACGAUGGACUUGCUCAGAUCGGUACCGACGCCCUGGCCAAGCAAUGCCUCGGACUCGUCAAGGGCCCCAAAUGGGAGGGCGAGGAUGGAAUCGGCGCCUGUGCUAAUGGUGACGAGGGAAGGGCAUUAUUGCGCGAUAGCGUGCAAGUGAGCAAGAAGCGGGGUAUCAUCAAGAGUGCGACGAUUCAAUUGGAGGGAAAGACGAUAUGUGUCAGAGAUGGAGGCGAGUGGAAGGAAUGCCCCGGUGGUCAUGAAACGAGGGACUUUGUGAGGCAGAUUGAGGAGGCUUGGAGGAGGAAGAAUGGCCAGUGACCGCUGGAUAGCAAUGACGAAGACGACGACCCGGACGCAGACGACGACACGAAUCGCUCACAUCUUGUAUCUUAUUUUUCUCCAUCCACUCGCAUCGAUGCCUCUUGAUCACCC